CCAGAGAACAUGGCCGGGCGCUACGGUCUCCAGCGUUCCACUUGGAGUAACCCUAUGUAUGGACGUAGUUCGUGGGAUCACCAUAUGCCCGAGGAGUACGAGGAUGUUGAGUUGAGCUGGACGGUAAACCGAGCAAAAAGGGAAAAGCAGCGCAAAAUGGUGAAGAAGCGAAAAGCCCAGUCCUACAACCUCAAGGCGAUUUUGGUCAGCUUAAUCGUCCUACAGAUUCUCCUUCUUGCAGUCACCGCUGUUAUCCUAUGGAAAGUGCUGGACACAUCGACGGUAUCACCACAGCCACCAGAUUGCGAUACAAACUGGUGCAAAGACGACCCCUGUGAUAACGGAGUGUGUGUGGAGGCGGCGGACGGAUUCUACUGUGUGUGUAGAGGUGGAUGGGAGGGCGAGUUCUGUGAAACAGAUGUAGACGAAUGCAAGACUGUGGAAUGUCACCCCCUAGCGACAUGCGAAAAUACUGCAGGAAGUUACACCUGCGAAUGCCAGGAAGGGUACGAGGGAGAUGGGAAAGAGGCAUGCACAGACAAAGAUGAAUGUGUAGAGGACAUCUGUGGACCUAAUUCCCUAAGCUGCAGUAACACCAUAGGCAGCUACAACUGCAGUUGUCAGCAAGGGUUCUUCUUCGAUGGUACAAGCUGUGUUGACGUGGACGAGUGCCUGACCUCUCCCUGUCACGACUUCGCUGACUGUACAAAUCUUCCCGGGAACUACAGCUGUGCAUGUAAAGCCCAGUACAGGGGAGACGGGAAGGUGUCGUGUAAAGCGAAUUCAUCUGGGGAUGGGUCUAAAAUUAUGGUGGCAGCGGGAGACCCGGCCGGAACUGACCGGGCGUCCAAUUAUCUAGAGGUGUAUUCCUUUCCUGGAGGCAUAACCGUCCGAACUGCAGAAAGCGCACCGAACUAUACCUAUUGUGCUCAAUCUGGGAACUGUGGAUGGAAUGCAAACUAUCACAACAUAGUCACAGGUUUAGAUUUGCAAACAUGGCAUCAUGUAGAAAUGACCCUGACUGCCAAGCCUGUAGACUAUAUGGACCAAUGGCAAUAUAGAGUAGACGGUACACACACAUUUACAGGAGGGGCGUACUACCAGACAGCUAGAUAUGAUAGAGUAGACUGGGACUACGUCAAUGUAAAUAGGCUGAAGUUCCAACCAAGACAUGCCAAUUUUGACGCCAGCUUUCAGGGCUUUUUCUUCGAUGACAUUCACUAUGGGGUAUUUGAUUCCAGCUCCCCUGAGAAUGUCAUUGAAGAAUACUGCGUUUCCUUUGAGGAAUAA